AUGGCAGUCAUCGCGCGGCCACGGAUCACCUUGACGGAUCCCAACAAUCAAGAUCAGCUGCCAUCGCCCGCGCAAUCACCCAUCAAGGAGUCUGGGUAUGGAUAUCUCAAUGGAACAAUCACGACGUCUCCAGAAAGACCGGCCACGCCUGGAUCUCGAAAUGGAGCCGGUCGUCUGAUGAGGACUUUAUCGACCAACAACAACACACAACAACAGGCUCGCACGUCGCACGACGAAAGUCAUGGCUCUCCUAGUAUCGAUCCUCUCUCGGCGCAUAUUCUUAAUCGUACACAGCACUUGCCGCUGAACCUACCUCAUACCGGAUCGCCGCGACGAAGGCCCUCGGAUGCUGGGAGUUCGCAGAAGGAUGACCAACAGUCAGCAAGAGAGGCGAAACCAGUGCCGUCAGAGGUACCCAGGACGGAUACGKUGGACAGCGCAGCAGCCAACAAGGAUCUGCGCAAAGGUGUAAAAGCCGUCUCGUUCCUCUCCCGACUCAUGGGCGGCGCGAAGAAGAAGGAGCUUGCAGAUAGCGUGGACGACGCUGAAUCGGUCACCAGCGAUGGCAGACCCGAAGGUAACAACGCCGAAGUCUUCACGCAGAACUUGGGAUUUAACCCCAGACACCCUCAGCCGCCUGCGUACAUCAAGAUGGGGUCACGGAACAAGAGACAGAAGGAGUUUGAUCGCCUGUUCCUUGCGCAGGAAUUGUACUGUAGUCCACAGCCUAAGAUGGAACGAUCGAUGACUUCGAACAAGCUGCGCAGAAAGACCUCCAACACCCCCUCUGAUGCCAACACCACAUGGGCAAUGGAGUUCAGUAAAGAUGGCAAAUACCUGGCUGCUGCAGGCGCUGACAAAGUUGUUCGUAUAUGGGCGGUUUUGUCAAGCGCUGAGGAUCGGAGGAAGCACGAGCGCCAGGAGUUCAACGAGACGGAGGGCUCAAACACGAAGCAUCUCAGCGCCCCGGUAUUCCAGAGCAAACCCAUUCGAGAAUAUCAAGCCCACACCGCGACCAUUCUAGACUUGAGUUGGAGCAAGAACAAUUUUCUCCUGUCAUCUUCGAUGGAUAAGACUGUACGGCUAUGGCAUCUCAGCAGGGACGAGUGCCUCUGCACUUUUAAACACACCGAUUUCGUUCCAUCCAUCUCGUUCCACCCCAAGGAUGAUCGCUUCUUCUUGGCGGGAUCAUUGGAUUCGAAGUUGCGGCUGUGGAGCAUCCCGGACAAGAGCGUUGCGUUCUCAGCCCAGCUUCCUGAUCUCAUCACCGCCGUCGCUUUCACUCCCGAUGGCAGAUAUGUCAUGGCGGGGUGCUUGAGCGGCUUAUGCAUGACCUUUGAGACUGAAGGCCUAAAAUACCAGACUCAAACCCACGUACGGUCGACUCGAGGACAGAAUGCCAAAGGGAGCAAGAUCACUGGAAUCCAAUCUGCGUUCGACGCCAGCGGCGAUCUCAAGGUCCUCGUCACCAGUAACGACUCCCGAAUACGACUGUACAAUUUUCGAGACAAGAGUCUAGAGUUGAAAUUUAGAGGAAACGAGAACAACUGCAGCCAGAUUCGUGCUUCACUCAGCGACGACGGUCGGUAUGUUGUUUGCGGCAGUGAAGAUCRCAAGGCCUAUAUAUGGUCCAUGCAGCAAUCUCAUGGCGAAAAGCGUGACAAGACCCCGGUAGAAAUGUUCGAAGCUCACGAUAGUGUGACGACUGUGGUAUGCAUUGCACCUACCAAGACUCGGCAGCAUCUUGGCAAAUCAGAAGACCCUCUGUACGACCUUUGCAACCCGCCUCCAAUAACUCUGGUGAGCCAUGCUGAGCAGGAGGAGUCGCUUUCGUCCAAGCCACCCACUGAGAAUGGCAGUAUCCACACACAACRGACUGAGCCUGAGAAACCCAAGGAAUCCGCAGGAUACUUAGCGCGAUCCCUGCACAAGGACGGCAACAUCUUCGUUACUGCGGAUUUCACUGGUAAGAUCAAGGUCUUCCGACAGGACUGCGCGUGGUCGAAACGACAGCGUGACGAUUGGGACAGGUCAUCUCUCUUCUCUAAGCGUGGUAGUAGAGCUGGCCAGCCUCCAUCCGUUAGGACCACAUCAAGUCAGCCAAGUCUUCGGGAAUCUCGCAAUUCGACCUCAACACAGGCCCCUUCAGAUAGAAUUCUCACAUGGAGACAAGGCAUGGAAGUGGCAAGCACCAAUGGUGGCGCUGCGGACGCUCGAUCAUUGAAGAACACGAGCCGCAGCAUCUCGCCUCGCAAGAGCCUAGAGAGCAAACGAGGUCGCACUGGUGGGAAACCUAGCAGUAUUCGGUCUGUCCACCCUCUAGCCACGGAUCAAUCUGUACGCUCCCCUUCGCCCGUGGAUUCGAAACCCGCAAAGGAUGCAUCGCCGCCACCGCCCUUCAAACCAUCCGACGAGAGCGAUCAGCCGAAGGAGAACCCUCUACUUCUCGAAGGCGACAGAUCAUAUCUAUUCUGGGACAAAGACGUAUGGCAAGGGCACGCUCGUCGAAUGCAGGAGAUGUCAGAAUCGCAUGAAGACGUUGCAGCUACACCGUCAGACCCCGACGGCAUARCAGAUGGCUCGCAACUCUCGGUCCGGCCGCCCCUAUAUCAUACCCAUACGGCUGUGAGCUCGCUGAGCGAUGAGCAGAGUAGCGCGGACGAAUACGAAGAUGCUAGAGAAGACGACAUGAAGUGUAUGCACUGCGGCGAUGUCGCCUUCUCUGCACGAAGGACGAAGGACGGCAGUACGAAGCUGUUUUGCACAGUUUGUGGUUCUGUGGCUUCAUGA